CAGCGCUGCCCGUAGCGGCGCGGCGCAGGCGGGGCGUGCGGCGGGCAAGAUGGCGGCGGGCGGCGCGGCGGAGGCGCAGGCGCGGUUCGGGCACUCGGUGAAGGGGCUGCUGACCGAGAAGGUGACGAGCUGCGGCACUGACGUCAUCGCCCUCACCAAGCAGGUGCUGAAGGGCUCCCGCAGCGCCGAGCUCCUGGGGCAGGCUGCGAGGAACAUGGUGCUGCAGGAGGACGCCAUCCUGCACUCGGAGGACAGCCUGAGGAAAAUGGCCAUAAUAACCACGCACCUGCAGUACCAGCAGGAAGCAAUCCAGAAGAAUGUCGAGCAGUCAUCGAACCUGCGGGACCAGCUGAGUCACUUGCUGAAAUGAAGCGAAGCUGAAGGCACGAGGACUUCUCGACUGGCACGGAGGGCAGCCAGGCAUCCUGUCCCCUCCGGGGCUCAGGCCUGUGUCUGGACGGUGCUGGAUGCCCGCUAGGGAUACGUGCAGAGCACACAUUUCUGAGCGUGUGGGCCCCUCUCACACGAUCCCAUCCACGUCUCUGUCUCCAGAACGCUCUCCUGCUUCCCCACGUGUGACUGAAACCAUCUUAGCAGAAAGUUCCCUUCCCCCAACGAUCCCUGUGUUCGCUUACUUCCCGUGUUUCACGUGAGAUGUUCGGCUGUCCAAUGUUUCUCACAGCCGGAGCGGGACAAUUUUAUUUCCCGUCUAAGCUCUGCUCAGCAUCCGUCUCCUGAAGGGUGAUGGAAUAAUGCUGCUGGUGCCUGCCAACAACCAGCAAUCACACAGCCAGUUUUCAUACAAAACAGCUCCUCCCCUCCCAAUAAACGUACAAACUAGAGAUGUGGGUUUUAAAUACAGGUGCCUGAAGUUUGA